AACACUGGAGGACAUGUGUUAAAUAAAAGUUUACGUCAGUCAUUGUAGGCAUCAUGCGUCAGACUGAAGCAUCUUUAUAAGACAGCCUGUCAAGUUACAAACAAGCAGAGCAACUUUUAAAAACGCGUCAAGGCUGUUCCACUCCGCCACGCUCCGUCUCGCUGCUGAACUGAAGGUAAACGUGAACGCCUCGCUGCACCUGCGGCGGGAAACACCUCGUGGAGAACAGCAGCUUUCCUCCAGACUAAAUAUAGAUCCACGGCGAGGAAACCCGGACACCGCGCCUCCACACGCACGGCUCGUUCAAUCGGCAUGUUGUGAUUAGCUGGAAAGUUUGAGUCUAUCGUUGCCAUCUCUCCCCGUUUUGCCACAGGGAUUUGAAUCGCGUAAAAAAGAUACUAAGCUCACAAGAAGUACACACGCGUAGAGCGCAUUUUUAACUCGUUGUUCCUGGCGGCGCGCACACGCUGUCCAACAAGUGCAUGUUUGAAGGUCUGCGGUUUGCAAACAACCGGGUGGACAUGACAGGAUAACGACCUGGAGCUCGACUCGAUCCUCGCCACCUCUCUAACCCGCACGUGCAUUGUCGCAGUGAAAAAAAAAACGCGCGUUUGUUUGAUAAGCGUCGAGUGAGCUGAGCUCGUGGAUUAUGUGGAUCUGCUUGCGCUAACCGCUGAUGGAGCCGCCGUAAUUCGGAGUCACGGUCAUUAUUUUACAACAAAUUAAAACCCGGGUGGUUUUGCGUAGUUUAUAUGUUGAUGGUCUUAACCUAAAAAUCAUCCAAAGCACCCGUGACUGUGAAGACUUCCCUACACCUGUUUUCUUGGAGAGGGCUGCGCAAUAGCGCACGCUGCGAGAGCACUGUCGGACCUUUCCAUGGAAUCGAUCUUCACUGAGGCUUUCGCUCCGAUCUGAUUUGGGGUGAAAAGUUACUGGACAGUUAAUCAUAUAUAUGAGGAGCGUUGUACACGUCCUGGUCAACACAGAACGCAAACAUGCCUAUGCAUCCGGUGACUUCCACUUUGAUGUACCGGGGGAUCUGCACCAUUCCUGAUAUUCUGUCUUACCGGGCACCGGUCAACCUACCUGAGGAUGAGGUGGAAGAAAUCCGGGAGGCAUUUAAGGUGUUUGAUCGAGAUGGGAACGGCUUCAUCUCUAAGCAGGAGCUCGGGAUGGCCAUGCGUUCUCUGGGGUAUAUGCCCAAUGAGGUGGAGCUAGAGGUCAUCAUUCAAAGACUCGACAUGGACGGAGACGGCCAGGUGGAUUUCGAAGAAUUCGUGACUCUCCUGGGGCCCAAACUCUCAGCUGCUGGGAUGCCUGACAAGUUCAAUGGGACCAAUUUUGACUCUGUGUUCUGGAAGUGUGAUAUGCAAAAGCUGACGGUGGAAGAGCUGAAGAGACUCUUAUAUGACACUUUCUGUGACCAUUUGUCUAUGAAAGACAUUGAGAACAUCAUCAUGACUGAGGAGAAUCACAUUGAAAAUCCCGAGGACUGCCAGGUCGACAUUGACACGGAGAGUCCGACCCAGCAGGUGAAGCAAACAUGCGUACGGAAGAGUCUGAUCUGCGCCUUCGCCAUCGCUUUCAUCAUCAGCGUCAUGCUCAUCGCAGCCAAUCAGGUGCUUCGCAGUGGCAUGAAGUAACCAAAAUGGACCAAUCACACACAAAAAAAAAUGUAAAAGAACACACAGAAAAAAAACAUUCACAUUAAAACUGGAGCAGCUGAAAAUGUCAUUUUAUUUCCUUGAAAUCGAAAUGUUGAAAUAUUUUUGAGCAGAACUACAGCUUCCAAUGGACGAAGUUUUCAUAAUUGAACUGCACAUGGAUCUAUAAACACACCUACCCAAAAAUAAACCGCUAAAAUGUACGCAAAACAGGAGGUUUACACGUUACGGACUCCCCUUCAACCAAUUCAGUAUGUUUUGGGUGAAUUUAACGCAUGGACAUCAAGCGAGGAUCCUACUCUUCAAUGCAUGAUAUGAUGCAUGGAUUUACAAUAGCCUGGAUGUACCAGUAGAGCUCAGCUGUGCAUCCAUUUAUCUAUAUAUUAGAUCCCAAUACCAAUUUUCCGGAAAGAAAGACCCGUGUCUCACAUUUGGGAAGAGUUGGAUAUGGAGGUCUGUUUCUGACGUCUUUUACAUCCAGUAUACCGAUCCCUUUGCAUGAGAAUAAGGGCUGUUUAGGGCAUGCUCAUGUCAUGCAAUGUUAGUCUUGUGUUUGUCCAGUGACUAUCGUGGGUUUAACCUGUUGCACACAUGCCUGAGAUGAUUGUAGUAGUACUUCAUACGGCCAAAAGGGGCAUCCAACAACCCAAAAGGGAUGCUUAUAUACCACUAGUGACAUAUAAAGUGGUUUACAGUGCGUGGGGUCAAAAAAUAUGGUCUUUUCACCUGAAAUACACCUAUGCAUUUUCAGGCUUACUGUUUUAAAUGCUCGUCAGUGCAGAUGUAACUUACAUUUUGCCAACAUUUGCACUGUAGUUAUCGUGUAGAGAUAAGCUAUUGAAUUUGAAUGACACGACUGGCGUGAAAUGAUACCAAAUGAUUACAAAAAGACACAUGAUUUAAAAAGAGGGGUUUUGGUUUCUGACAUAUCAGGAAAUGGUUUAUUGGUGACACUUUAUAAUAUGUAUCAUUAGCAGGCGUGAUAACUAACAUAAACGAUUAAAGGACCGGCCAUCCCAUUACUGCAAGAGUGUCCAAACUCUGUCAUGGAGGGCCGGUGUCCUGCUUACACUCAAAAAAUGAUUUGUUGGACUUACAUAAAAAAAGAGUGUCAAGUGGUUCCACGUAACUGUGUUGAGUAGUUUCAACAAGUAACAAUAUAGUUGAAUGAACUAAAGAAAUUCAGGUAAAGUUUACAAAAUAUUCCUUAGUACCUACAACCCAAUUUAGAUGUGUCAUUAUUACAUUUUAGUUAUAUGUAUAUUUUACUUAGUAAUGUUAUGUAAAAAUUAUGAACUUUCAAUAUGUAAGGUGAACACUUUUUUUUCUUUUUUUAUUCACUUUUAAAGUAUGUGCUCUACAAGAGUAAAACCUAAAUAAUCAAACAUUUUUAGAAACAAAAUGAAUUUAUUUUUUUGCAAGGUUUUGCAACAUACAACACCUAAAAUCCAUAAAACAAUUUCAAUUUCACAGGUCCUUUGAAACAAAUACACAAAAACAAAGGAUUUACAGUAAACAUUUACAAGGUCUUUUAAAGUGUAACUGGCUUUAAGAAUUUGAAAUAAUCUUAAUUUGAAAUAUUAAAUACAUGGAAUGUUAAAAUACUGCUAAACUCUAUUUCUGAUCUUUACAAUGAAUAGUUAAAGUAACUUUCAAACUGGCCUCGAUUUUUGUAAACAUCCACAAACGGUUGAAAUAGCAGUUUAAAGAGGAUUUUUUAAAAACAAAAAAAAAAACACUUUGGUCAAUAGUGAACAUUGUUACAAUGUGCUACUUCCUUCAAAUAUUGUAAUAAGAAUUUACAAAAGAAAAUGUGUAAGGACAUUUUUUUUCAAUACUGUCAUGAAAUGCAACAUUGCUGAUAUUUUAAAAUGUUUAAGCGAUUGUUAAAGUAUACAACUGGCCUCUUUAUGACAACCCCCACCAAAAUAACAUUUAGUUUCAAAAAGACAGAAAAAAAACACGAAA